AGUAUGACCGCAGUACUGUAGGGCAUAGUUUUUUCUCCUGAAACGAAAACAAACAUGGCGGUCGAAAUCGAGUCGGCUGACGUUGUUCGGUUGAUUGAACAAUAUUUGAAGGAAAACAAUCUGAUGAAAACGCUUCAUGUUUUGCAGGAAGAGAGUGGUAUAUCGUUGAACACUGUGGACUCUGUUGAUGGAUUCAUAUCUGACAUCACCAGCGGUCACUGGGACACUGUCCUGCAGGCUAUCCAGUCCUUGAAAUUGCCUGAUCAAAAACUGAUUGAUCUCUAUGAGCAGAUUGUUCUUGAGCUGAUAGAGCUUCGUGAGUUGGCGGCUGCCAGGUCCCUGCUGCGCCAGACAGACCCCAUGAUUAUGCUGAAGCACAACCAGGCAGACAGAUACAUCCACCUGGAGAACAUGCUGGCACGCUCGUACUUCGAUCCUAGAGAGGCCUAUCCUGAAGGACAGACAAAGGAAAAACGUCGUACAGCCAUCGCCCAGGCGCUGUCAGGGGAGGUAAAUGUGGUGCCACCGUCACGUCUGCUGGCCUUGCUUGGACAAGCACUCAAGUGGCAACAGCAUCAGGGUCUUCUCCCGCCAGGCACAACUAUAGACGUGUUCCGUGGCAAGGCAGCUGUGAAGGAGCAAGAGGAAGAGAAGUUCCCCACUCAGCUUAACAAAACUAUCAAAUUUGGCCAGAAGGCCCAUGUUGAGUGUGCAAGGUUUUCACCGGAUGGUCAGUACCUGGUGACAGGGUCAGUGGACGGAUUUGUGGAGGUGUGGAACUUUACGACAGGAAAGAUCCGCAAAGAUUUGCGCUACCAGGCCCAGGACAAUUUCAUGAUGAUGGAUGAUGCUGUGUUGUGCAUGUGCUUCAGUCGUGAUUCAGAAAUGUUGGCUACUGGGGACCAAGGUGGAAAAAUCAAGGUAUGGAAGAUUCUCACUGGUCAGUGCCUACGUAAGUUUGAGAGGGCCCACAACAAGGGGGUCACAUGCGUCAACUUCUCCAAGGACAACGGCCAGCUUCUCAGCGCAUCCUUUGAUCAGGCAAUCAGGGUCCAUGGACUGAAGUCUGGCAAGGCACUGAAAGAGUUCACGGGCCAUACCUCCUUCGUGAAUGAUGCAGUGUUUACACAAGACGGGCAUCAUGUUAUCAGUGCAAGUUCUGAUGGAACAAUUAAAGUCUGGAACUUCAAAACUCAGGAAUGUCAGUCCACGUUCAAAUCAUUUGGUGGGCAGGCAGGCACAGACAUCACUGUGAACAGCAUCCACACUUUGCCGAGGAAUGCGGAACAAUUCGUCGUUUGUAACCGCAGUAACACAGUCGUCAUCAUUAACAUGCAGGGCCAGAUUGUGCGCAGUUUCUCGAGCGGUAAGCGCGAGGGCGGGGACUUUAUCUGCUGCACCAUCUCGCCGCGCGGGGAGUGGAUCUACUGCGUGGGAGAGGAUAUGGUUCUCUACUGUUUCAGCGUCUCCACCGGUAAACUGGAGAGAACACUCACGGUUCACGAAAAAGACGUCAUUGGCAUCUCGCAUCACCCUCAUCAGAAUCUGGUGGCCACAUACAGCGAAGAUGGACUACUCAAGCUCUGGAAACCUUAGCUGCAGCAGAUAAUAGCUCGGCGGUGUCCAAUUAUCUGGGUUGGAUAACAGCUCAACGUUGUCCAAUUAAUGGAAAAUAUGGUGUUGCUGGCAUUUGACUUGAAAAAAGGAGGUUGCUUACAUAAGGCUUGAAAAAUAUAAUAUUGUCGGUGUAAGACUUUUAAGAAAUGUUAAACACGGAACAGCAAACUUUGCUUGUCUAUUCAUCUUCAUUUUAGUACAUUUGUGUUUAAUUGUAUGUGCUUUUUAGGUCAUCUUGACUCAUGUUGAGUUAUUGUGGUCACCGUAUGUCUUGCGUUGCAUGUUGGAAACUUUUAGCUUUUUAUUACACUAGAGGCCACAUUUUUCACCCAAACUAGAUGAAAGUUUCAUGAAUGUUUUUCUUGAAAAUAUCUAGUCACAUGAUUCCAGAAACUAGGUCAGCUGGUCAAAUAUUAGAAAAAAUAUUGGUACUUUUUCUAGAGAACACAUUUAUGAUAUUUAUGACUCUAUUUUUAUUUAAGUGGGUCAGAAUUUUUAUCUUGAAAAUAUCUAGGCCACAUUUAAAUGUGGUUCUUAUGUGUUUAAAAACAAAGCCACGAUGUAAAAUCUUUGACAAACCUUUUAUUGUGGAGGACACAUUUAUGACUCAAAUUUAAUAAACCUUUGUCAGAAUGUUUAUUUUGAUAAUAUUUAUGCUUAUUUUGAUUAUGAAUCAUAUGAGUCAAAAUAAGGUAAUUAGGUCAAAUCUUAGAAAAUCAUUGUCACUAUUAUAGAAGCAUCAUUUUUAAAUCAAUCUUGAUGAAACUUGAUCAGAAUAUUUAUCUUUACAAUGUCUUUUCAGAGUUCAAGUUUGGGUCGUCCGAUCAAAGCAAAAGCUUGUAACCCUCUAGUGGUAGGUCAUUAUUUAAAGAAUCGAAAAUUGGUUUGCCUCAAACUCAAUUUUACUCUUUAAAGCCAUCAUGCCAAUCCUCUUAAUGCCAAAAAGGCCUAUAAAACGGUAUGAAUUAAGCAUUUCAUAUUUCCAUCUGUAUGUUUGUAAUUCCAUUGAUUUGUAUAAGUAUUGUUUGCAUAUAGUUUUGUUCAACAUUUUUGCUCUUUUUCCACUUGAGAAUAUAAGUGAAAAAGACAUAUGAAUUAAAGGUAAAACCAACCGUUGGUUACUACCCAUAUGUUUGUUACCAAACAAGUUUCUUGUGAGUGUUGAUGUUUGUGACAUAAUGUGAGUAUUAAAAACCAUUUCGUAUACAUAGUGGAAUUUGAUUUGUUUAAGUUAUUAUUUACGUGUUGAAAUAAGAUCCUUGCUUCAAAAAAUAAUGUGAGUAUUAAAAACCAUUUUGUAUACAUAGGGGAAUUUAAUGUUCUUAAGUAAUAUUUACGUGUUAAAAUAAGAUGCUUGCUUCAAAAAAUCAUGACUAAAGCAUGAGUCAUUUGGUCAGUUUCUAAAUUGUCUUACCUUGUGUUUUUAAAAUUCAAUAAAACAUGUUGAACUUCUAA